CUUCAGACUGGGCUACUUGGUCUGAACUGCUUCUGUUUUGUUUUUUUUUGGUGGCUGUUUCGUUGUAACGCCGCAUUGAUGGCAUCGUGCGCACACGCAGCGCGUCCUCGCACUGCGCUCUAGGGUUUUUGCAUCAGAAGGAAAGCGCAGGAGAAACUCUUGGAGAAAAGCGAAGAGAUGCGCCUGCGACUGUAGUGCGUUAUCUUGGCUGGGAUCAGUUGCCGGGGAUUGCAAAUGGCACACAGCGGGGCUUUCCUUGUGGAAUAAGACGCUUCGUUCUCCCAAAAAAAAAAAAAAAACACUCGACGUGUAACACAAACGCGCGUACAACUUGUAAUAACCCCACGGACUGACAGCUGCAUCCGAAUUUGACAAGAUUCCAGGAGGACAGCGCGGACCGGAUCUUGAAUAUUGACGCGCAAAGUGAAUGGAUUUUGUGUCUGCUGAAGUUAUUUUAAUGCCAGUGCUGUGGUAGUGGUGGAUUGAUGGUGAGACACCUGCCUGUGGAAGCGCCGGUGCACAUAUAGAGAGAGAUUAUCAUCUGCGGACCCACUGGUUCCACGCGAAGUCUCUGGCUCCAGGUAAAUCAUCUGAUGACCAAAUGGAACUAACUUUACAAGUAGGGAUUCUUUGGGUCCUGGUGCUGCACUGUGGCUCUGCUAAAGGCAGCAUCCUGUACCGGGUCCAAGAAGAGCAGCCUCCAAACUCUCUUAUAGGUAGUUUGGCAGCGGACCAGGGACUACCCGACUCGGGUCAUCUCUACAAGCUAGAGGUGGGUGCCCCUUACCUGCGUGUUGAUGGGAAGACGGGCGACAUUUUCACCACAGAGAUUCCCAUAGACCGAGAGACUCUGAGGGAUUGUCGAACCCUGGCCAAGGGUAAACCCUGCUAUCUGGAAUUUGAAGUAUCAGUAACAGAUCUGAUCCAAAAUCAGAGCCCACGGCUCAUUGAAGGACGUAUUGAGGUACAAGACAUCAAUGACAAUACGCCACAGUUCCCCUCUUCUGUGCUUACAAUCUCUGUCCCAGAGAACACCAUCAUGGGGGCGCUGUUCUCCAUACCUUUGGCUACGGACAGGGACUCAGACAGGAACGGGGUAGCUGACUAUGCUCUGACUGCAGGGCCUGAUGCAGCAACACUGUUUGGCUUACAAGUAGCAGAUGACAGGGGAGGGAAGCUCCCCCAACUGAUCGUCCUUGGCAACUUAGAUCGUGAGCUGAAGGAUUCCUAUGAUCUCACCAUCAAGGCAGUGGAUGGAGGAAACCCUCAGCGCUACAGCAGUGCUCUGCUCAGAGUGGUGGUCACUGAUGCCAAUGACAAUGCUCCGAAGUUUGAAAAGUCCACAUAUGACGCUGAAGUUUCGGAGAACAGCCCAGCGGGUCACUCUGUUUUACAGGUCAAAGCGAAUGACUCGGACAUGGGCCCUAAUGGAGAAAUUGAGUACACCCUUCAUCAAGCGGUUGAUCCAGUGCCGAGGCUCUUACAAAUCGAUCAUUCCUCCGGUAUCAUCUACGUGAAAGGAUCGCUGGACAGGGAGGAAAUCAGCAGCCUAUCCUUCUAUGUGAUGGCAAAGGAUAAGGGCCCUCAACCAAAAAGCUCCAAGACAUUUGUAACCAUCGAGGUGACAGACCAAAAUGACAACGCUCCAGCUGUGGAGAUUCGUGGAAUCGGUCUUGUGACCCAUAGCAAAGGAGUGGCAAACAUUUCCGAGGAUAUGCCAGUGGGAACAGCUGUAGCUUUGGUGCAAGUGUCUGACAAGGAUGAGGGAGAGAAUGCCGUGGUCACAUGUGUAGUUGCGGGAGACGUGCCCUUCCAGCUCCGCCCUGCCAGUGACUCAUCCAGCGACAACAAGAGGAAGUAUUUCCUACAGACUACAACUCCUCUUGACUAUGAAAGGGUGAGGGAUUACCGGGUUGAAAUCGUGGCUGUGGAUUCUGGAAACCCAGCAUUGUCUAGUACCAAUUCCUUGAAGGUGCAGGUGACUGACGUGAAUGAUAACUCUCCAAUAUUCUCCCCAAACUUGUUUGAGGUUGAUUUUGCUGAAGAAAACCAACCAGGGGAGAAGGUUUUGGAUGUUACAGCUUCAGAUGCAGACAGUGGUACUAAUGCUGAACUUCUUUAUAAUAUACUGGCAGACUCAUCCAUCAAAGGUCUCUUUGAAAUUGACCCAAAUACAGGGGAAGUGAGAGCCCGGAGCCCACUGGAUCGUGAGCAUAAAGAACGUUAUGAAUUCCGUGUCACAGCAGCAGAUAAAGGAUCACCUGUGCAUAAAGGAACUGCAACUGUUGUAAUAAAGGUGCUUGACCGCAAUGACAAUGACCCCAAGUUUAUGCUUAGCGGCUACAGCUUUUCUGUUUUGGAAAACAUGCCUCCACUCAGUCCAGUCGGUAUGGUGACAGUUAUGGAUGCAGACAAAGGCGAGAACGCUCGCGUUCAGCUCUCUGUUGAGCCGGACGGAGGAAAGUUCGUCGUUCAAAAUGGAACAGGCACCAUUCUCUCAAGCAUCUCGUUCGACAGGGAGAAAGACAGCAGCUACACUUUCCGUCUCAAAGCAGUGGAUGGAGGAGAACCUCCUAGGUCCUCAUACGUGGGUGUCACUAUCAACGUAUUGGAUGAAAAUGACAAUGACCCUGUGGUUACCAAACCCUCCAAUUCCUCCUAUAGACACUUGUCGCCGCUAGCUUCUCCAGAUAGCCAUGUGGAAGUAGUGGAAGCUGAAGAUUUGGACAGUGGACCUAACGCAGAGUUGGUCUUCAGUAUUGCUGGUGGAAACCCUUACCAGUUAUUUCGAAUCUCCCCUUCCAGUGGUGAGAUCACUCUCGCAAAGGAGAUGACCCGGAAACAUGGUGGACUACAUCGCCUAGUGGUGCGAGUGAGUGACAGGGGUAAACCUGCACGUCACACCAUUGCCCUGGUUCACAUUUAUGUCAACGAAACCAUUUCAAAUGUCAGUUUAGUCGAAGCUCUAGUAGGACACAGUCUUUACACUCCACUGGACAGGGACAUUGCGGGUGAUCCUGACAAUGGUUUUGCUGCACAGCGUAGUAACAUUCUGUUUGGAAGCCUUGCCGGAGUUGCAGGUGUUGUCAUGUUGAUCUUGGUUGUGGUAUUUAUUAGACACCGCAUCCAGAGAGAAACUAAAAGUGGUUACCAGGCUGGUAAAAAGGAAACAAAGGACUUGUAUGCACCCAAACAAGUACCAAAGAAUGCAAAGGGCAAGCGCGGACGCAAAGGAAAACCCCAGAAGUCACCAAAACCACUUGGGGAGGACGAGGAGGUCAGCCUGCAAAAGAGUCUCAAGUUUAACCUCGAUGGGGUCAAUGACAGCCCCAGGAUACAUCUGCCCUUAACAUACUCACCAGGGAGCCCUGAUAUAGGCAGGCACUACCGCUCCAACUCCCCACUUCCCUCCAUCCAGCUGCAGGCCCAGUCACCCUCUGCCUCACAGAAGCAUCAGGCCGUUCAGGACCUGCCCGCUGCCAACACCUUCGUGGGAACGGGAGGAGACGACAACUCGACUGGCUCAGACCAAUACUCUGACUACAGCUACAAGACCAGCCAGCCCAAGUACAACAACAAACAGCAUCCUCAUCGGCGGGUGACCUUCUCCACCACCAACCCCGUGCAGGACCUGCAGGAUGCCUCUCAACACAGCUACUAUGACAGUGGCUUGGAGGAAUCAGAGACUCCCAGCAGCAAGUCAUCAUCUGGUCCUCGCAUUGGACCCCUGACCCUGCCUGAGGACCACUACGAGAGGACCACUCCAGAUGGAAGCAUCGGAGAGACUGAACACCCAGAAAAUGAUAUCCGCUCCCUCCCUGACGUGGCGAUGACUGGAAACUGUACGCCGGAGUGCAGCGAACUGGGCCACUCAGACGCCUGCUGGAUGCCGGGGCAUCCCUCCCCCGUACGCAAGACCAGGAAUCCACCCAAACUCUCCACCUUUGUGCCUUACCAGGAGAGAGGGAGCCUGGGUCGCCUGGCGAAUGGGAGCGCCAGGCUGGGUGGCGAGGAGCACCGGUCGCGCCUUCCGCCCUCCCGCAGUGCCUAUUCCAGUGGUGGUCACGACGCCAGUCAGGACUGCCCCUUAGAGGAGGUGCCCCUCAGCGCGGCCUCCGAGUUCCCGCCCACCUCCCCGCCUGCCCACACUCCUAAAAGGGAAAUCUACCUGUGAGAUUUAUCAUCUCUAAUCAGUGCACAAAUGAAGAAAGAUUACACCCACUUUGGAAGGAAAAAAAAAAGGCUGUUCACACACUAAAGCCAAUGCCCAUUUUGUAGGUAACAGUAGGCUGUGACUUCAUUCACUUCCUGGCAUGGACACUUGCUUUUGUCAUUUCCUCAUUAAAUUAUUAAUUUAUUUGCAUAUUUAUUAAGAAUUCCACAAAGUUAAUAAAUCACUCACUCACCCACUCACUCACUCACUCACUCACUCACUCAUUUAUUUAUACAAGAAUCCUGAAGGAUACAAUUCAAAAUGGUUUAGUAGGAAACACAGAUGGUAACUGCUACUUUAGUAGUAAGUGAUUAUUGUUGUAGUUAGCCAAGUCCCAUUCUGUGAAGUGAUCGUUUCAAAAUUUGAAAGUUGUGCUCAGUGCUCUUGUGCCAUUAUUAGAUAUCAUUUUUAAUAGAAAGCCAGUCGGGCCAUAUCAAAAGGCAAGACUUUUGACUAACAAUCAACUGAAAUGGUCUUAUCUUAAUGUACAGUGCUGUAAAUACAUUUGAAUGGUGUGUUCUACAUAUAUUUUUGUCCUGCAAAAAGUGAAAGAAAAAAAAAAAAAUGGAAUUGCCUCAGAGGUUUUUUUGAAUAUUUAAGCUUUUCUUUGCUGCUGCUGUUUAAACUUGAUUGAAAACAUCUCCAGGAGUAGAGCUUGAUAUUGUGGAAGGCGUUUAUCCACUUCAUGCAGCGUCUCUCUCUCUCUCUCUCUCUCUCCCUCUCUCUCUCUCUCUCUCUCUCUCUCUCUUUCACACACACACACGCACACACACACGCACACCUCGGAAACCUAAUCAUAGUAGAAUGGCCUUUACCUCUGCUCCCCGUAGAGCUCUGACACUGGUGGAGAAAGCUGUGUGGAAACAUUUAAACUGACAGUGUCUUUCCACUGACUCUCAGCACUGUGACCUAUCGCUCCAUCAUAUAAACGCUUGAGUUGGCCACAGAAGCCCUAGAGUCACGUUGAUCGGAUGCAGACUUACUCACGCAGGAUGCAUUCAGAUCAGCGUUUCUUCUCACUGUGUAUAUAUAUAUAUAUAAAAAAAACAACAACCUGUGACUCACCCUUUCGAUUAAAAUCACAUCAGAAUGUCACUUCAGUGCGCUUAUAUCUAUUGUGACAUUGCAGGGUGAGUCUAACUAGUAAGUAACGAUAUAUUGAAUAGCCACCAGGGGGCAGAUCUGCUGGUUCCAAAAAGAACUCUACUAUUUGAACGGAUGUCUUCAUCGAUCUACCCUCUAUGUAAGAACUUCAGUAGAUCCAACGGUCACAUGUGUCAUUUACGUGAAAGGGGCACUUGAGCGUUGAGAGCCGCUGGAGAGACGGAGCACUUUCGAAAGUUAAUACCCUAGCUGCUAUUGAUGAGCGCGCUGCAUUCAGAGGCACAGGCGUCUUGUUUUUAAAGUAGCACUUCUCACGCCGCGUGUAUAUGUGCGUCUUCUGGAGUGAAACCCGGGGGCUCACAGAAAAUGUGAAUUUUUACCCAGUGAGCACACGUGGUUUUAAGUAAUGUGUUCUCAGAAACGCAACGAUAAUAAUAAUAAUAAUGAUAAAAAGAAAUGUUUGUUUUAGUAUCACUAAUUAUAAUCUACUGAAGCAGACGAUUGUUGAAUCCAAACAGAUCUGCAGAGCAGGAGUGGGGCAUGAUUUACUGAACCUCCAGUCAGUGAUGAUCUUGUAUUGGGAAAAACGUUCUUAAUAAGUUAUUAGGUAGUUUCCUCCUCUGGCUGCUGAAGAGAGAAUGGAAAUUAGGGCACAGGCUUUCCUUCCAUUUAGAAAGAUUUUUUUCAGGCUAAUCUGACAAAUAUGGAUGAAGGACGAUGUAUAUUAGUUGGUAAUUGGACGUUAAUGAUGACUACACUAUAGGCUGCCUUACAACAUCAGAGUCUUUGGUUUCAACAUUGAUUCUAAUAGAUUUGUAGAUACCUUUCACCUCUGCAGAGUAUUUCCACAGUCAGAUUGUGUCUCUGAGUGAGGACGGAAGAACCUAAACUGGACAUUUCCUAAUUAGGGUGAGUAAUGAGUCCUGAGCUAGGGCAUGUGUAUGAGCACACCCCCAGGACAAGGCACCCACCAGAUAAUGCAAAUCCACCCGCAGAGCUACAAUCAGUUAAAAGGGGGGUAUUUUUAUCAGCACUUACCUCAUCACGCUGCCACUGCAAACUGCAUUUAGAAUAAUUAAACCGAAAACAUAUGGAAAUUACUGGACACGGCCAUGAUUAAAUAAGGUGGGCGAUUAUCCUGCCUUGAGGGGGAGAAAAGCACAUUAUUCCAUUUUCAAAGCCAUUUAGCGACUGAAAUAAAAUUCAAACAACAGCCAUGAUACACUGUGAUUAAAGCCCCCACCCCAAACGCCCCACUCAGAGCUGUGGAGAGUCAGCGUCGUGGACUAAAAGCACUGGGUACGACCACUGACCUGGAAUUAACAAGUGAGAAAGACGGCAUUGAGUGAUAAAACCGACGUCACGUCGCCUCAAUCAUCAUUUUUUCUGUAUUUACACGCUUGAUUCACUAUUCACAACUGCUUUGCGUCCAGAGUUAUCCCUGGCGAUGAAUCAAAACCCAACUCACCGGGACUCUUAUCGUGUUUUGUUGUUUCGUUUUGGAAAGCUGGUAUGUCACUUUCAAAAUCAAGAUUGAACGUUGCUACACCACUUUUCAGAAGCUUUGGUGUCACAUUGUUUUAUUUGGACUGAAGGCCAAGCUGAGCUGACAGCGCCCUCUUCUGGACCAUGUGGUAAUUACUUCAGAAGGUCUGAGGCACUUCUAGACUGUUAAAUGGGGUCUAUAUAGGCCCAGGGUUGGAACAGUUUUUCAAAUUUCGGCUAAAAAGUGACAGCCCUAGUAUAUUAAUUAAAUGAGCUCACUCUCAGCAGAUAAGUCGUAAUCACUGCUGCACCGAACGGAAUGACAGGAGUUUGAUUUAAGUCCUCUGCAUAACAAAAACAUCCCCCCCCCACCUCUCUCUCUUUCUGUCUUUCUCUCUCGUGAUGAGUCGGACUCCUUCGCUCCAGUUGAUAACAACCUCCUGCCACUCAGCCCCGGAACAAUAUAUCACCAGGUCUGACCUUUCUUUCGAACUCAUGCUGAAUGAACUUCUCAACCAAACACAGAGCGGCUCUGCUUGAUGAAAGCAAGGGGACAACAUGAAGCACCCAACACAGAACACACACGCACUCGAAAAGUAUGUGGAAUAAUGUUUGAUUUGUACUUAACAUUGAUUUAAUGUUAAUUCACUGGAGUAUCUUUUGCCUCUCUGUAGUAUGUAUUGUAUGGUGAUGAUUUCUGUGGACAGAUGGAUAAAUUACUGUUCUGAAAUUGGCAAGGGAUUUUCUCUCUUUCUUCUCCUUUAUUUAAUUAUUUUUUAUCCCGUUCCGAUCAAAGACUCUUAACAAACUGGUUGUGUGGAAAAAAAAAAAUAUAUAUAUAUAAAUACAUAAAUCUGUUGGUGGUGUAGUGUACAUAGAUCUCCACAACCAUGUGUCUGCUGUCAGGCAGGCUGAUGAUUUUAGCAUGAAUUCCAAAGAUAAUUGGUAGAAACUGUUUACUCUUCUUUUUUUUUUCUCUCCUUCUAUUUUGCUUUCUGAAAUGUCAGUGCUGGUUCAUAUUCAAAAAUGCCCUAUCUCCCAAAAUGAACUGAAAUUAAAUGAACAUCUCAUGUUUUCUCUCUUUCUCUCUCGCUUUUUUAUUUCACAGUUCAUCUAGAGCAAAGACAAUUGCCUUGAAAAUGUCUUUGCAAGAGAGAAUCUAGUUAUUAUCCUAAUUGUUGGUUAUAUUUAUAUAGGAUAAAAAUGCUUGUGAUGCCAUGUUUUUGUACAGUUUUAUGUACAUAAAAGUGAAGCUUUCUAAAAGCUUCGAGAAAAGCCGAUGGCAUAUAAAAAUUGUAACAUGUUUUUUCUUCAGAUGUGCACAUUUUGCCUUGGUUGGAUUGACCUUUGCUGAGUCAGUGUGAAUGUGGCCGUUCUAUGCCUGCACUGUAGUCAUUCACCGGCUCCCACCUCCUGAGGACUUAAUCAGUUUUUAUGUUUAUCGUGAACAGUGAAUCGUCUUAUCUUACUGGUUUGUUCAACUCCUGUGUUCUGCUUCGUUCCGUUUCCGCAUGUAGACAAAUUAUCUUGUAAUACUGUAAGUCCUCAUGAACUUUGUAAUAAAAUCACUUCAGGGAAAAAAAAAAA